GUCACCAUGUCCUCUGCUGCACACAAAUGGGACAAAUUGUCACCACGGGAAUUUUUACAACUUCAAGAAUUGGCUUCAUAUUCAACACGUAAACUACAGGAUGUGUUACAAGAGUUCUGUUCACCGCUGGCUUCACCCAAAUUUAAUCCGGAUGGUGACAUUGAUUACGAUGGAUUUCGGCGUUUUCUGGAUGCCUUUCUUGAUUGUGAAACCCCCACAGAAUUGGCCCAGCAUUUGUUUGUUUCGUUCCUUAAGGCCAAUGUCAACAACAUACAUUUGCAGGGCAGGACACUCAAUCAGAUGGCGGCCAUCAGCAGUACAGCGGCCUGUGCUCCAGUCACGGCGCACACCAAAGGCUCAAUACCGAAUAUAAGUAGUAUUGUUGAAAUUGGAACCUCGGCCACACCACCAGCAACAGAAACCCGCACCAGUUUUGUGGAUAAAUUACACCAUGGCAUUACCGAUAAACUUCAUUCAUUAAGUGGCCAUUUAACACAUGACGCCAGUAAGACAGGCAGUGUUCAUCCAAUGGUUACAGUUACACCAAGUCCCAUGGCAGCAUUUCAAAAUACCACAACAACAACGUCGUCGUCGCUGAUGAGUUCUGGUGGAGGUGGUGGUGGUGGUGCCGCCGCACCAACACCGGGCAGCCAUGGUAAUUCACAUAGCAGCGGCGGUAACAUGACAACGGGUAAUUUUGGUACAGGAAGCGGCCGUGGUCCCAUAAUGAUACCCAGUGGAGGUGGUGGUGGUGGGAGCGGGAGUGCCAAUGCACGGCAUUCCACCGAUUCAAGCCCUUCACAUUCACAGACUGCUGCUGCUGCAGCUACCAAUCAUUCGCAAAUGUCACGCAACUCAUCGAAAAAAAGUAACAAUUCGGUCAAUUGCAAAAUUGAGGCUGAUAUUAAAUUACUGACACGCAAAUUGUCACACUUUGACCCGUUGACGUUGAAGGUACCACUCAAAGAUGUCGUGUGCUAUUUGUCGCUCUUGGAAGCUGGACGGCCGGAGGAUAAAUUGGAAUUUAUGUUCCGCUUAUAUGACACGGAUGGCAAUGGAGUUUUGGAUACCGCCGAAAUGGAUGCCAUUGUCAAUCAAAUGAUGGCCGUUGCCGAAUAUCUUGGCUGGGAUGUUAGUGAAUUGAGACCGAUUUUACAAGAUAUGAUGAUCGAAAUUGACUAUGAUGCCGAUGGCACUGUCUCGUUGGAGGAAUGGCAACGUGGUGGCAUGACAACGAUACCUUUAUUGGUGCUAUUAGGAGUUGAUAGCACCGCUCUAAAGGAGGAUGGCAAUCACGUUUGGCGUUUGAAACAUUUCAAGAAACCGGCCUACUGUAAUCUCUGCCUUAAUAUGUUGGUUGGUCUGGGCAAAAAGGGUCUCUGCUGUGUAUUAUGCAAGUACACUGUUCACGAGCGUUGCGUACAACGUGCCCCGGCCUCUUGCAUAACAACAUAUGUCAAAUCGAAAAAGGUCAAAGGUGGCGGCGAUCUACUGCAUCAUUGGGUCGAAGGCAAUUGCUAUGGGCAUUGUUCGAAGUGCCGUAAACGUAUUAAGGCAUAUCACGGCAUCACCGGUCUCACGUGUCGAUGGUGUCACAUGAUGCUCCACAAUCGUUGUGCCUCCUCCGUAAAAAAGGAAUGUACCUUGGGCGAAUACGCUGAGUUGAUAAUACCACCCACCUCAAUAUGCCCAGCUGUAUUGGAUCGUCAACGUUCCGUUAAUCAGGCAAAUAAGGCCACCCAUUUCCAACUGACACCACCCAACGAAGGCAGCUGCCCCCUGUUGGUGUUCGUUAAUCCCAAAAGUGGCGGACGUCAAGGUGAUCGUAUCCUGCGUAAAUUCCAAUAUAUGCUUAAUCCACGUCAGGUCUAUGAUUUAUCAAAAGGUGGACCCAAAGAAGGAUUAACACUGUUUAAGGACUUGCCUAAUUUUAAGGUAAUUUGUUGCGGUGGUGAUGGCACUGUCGGCUGGGUCCUGGAAGCUAUGGAUUCCAUUGAAUUUGCCUCCCAGCCAGCCAUUGGUGUCAUCCCCCUGGGGACUGGCAACGAUUUGGCACGUUGCCUACGUUGGGGUGGCGGCUAUGAGGGUGAAAACAUACCCAAACUAAUGGACAAAAUCCGUCGUGCCAGUUUAGUGAUGCUGGAUCGUUGGAGCAUCGAGGUGACCAAUAACCCGAUCUGUGAGGAAAUACCAAAACCAAAGGUGACCCUGCACUCCAACAUGCAGAAGGUAUUCGAAUUGUCUCAAAGUGUGGUCGUUGAAAAGUCCUUUAUUGAGAAAUGUGAAGAAAUUCAACGAAGCGGCAGCUGUAAUACGAAUCUCUGCCAUCAACAUCACCCACAUCAUUCACAAACACCAGCCAAUGAAAGCAAUAGAAUUUACGACAAUGUGGAUAUGGAUGAGGAUGGUGCAACCACGACGACGACAUGCAAGACAACCAAAAGCAUAUCAAUGUCGACAUUUGAAACGAAACGAUUGGCCUACAGUUCCCGGCAAGAGACAAUGAUCAGCUAUUGCAGUAGUCCUACAACGUCCUGUAGCAGUGCCACAUCGACGGUGCAACGUCAGCAGCCAAGUGCCAAGACAAUAUCAACGUCAAUGCCACAUGACCAAGGCAAUCUGGGGGGAGAGGAUGGGGAGGAGGCCACAGCUGACACUGGCUAUGGCUGCAACAAUGACCCACACGAUCAUAACACAGUCGGUGACGACGACAAUGCCCACAAAUCAAUGAACCUAAAUGGCAAUUUGUCUGCCAGCAAUAACCAGAACCAUAACAACAACGCCUCACCACAAUCCCAGCUGACGCCAACAUCAAAUGUGGCCAAGCAUCUCCACACAGCCAUCUCCACUUCCAAUGGCAUUCGUAAUGAAGCAUUUGUAAUUAGUGAAAGUGAAACUGUACCUGACACCGAUGCCGAUGCCGAAACCACUCCGGCUAUGGCCGGCCCCAAUGCUGAAUCGGCCCAAACACCCACACCCAGCCCCUCGACACCCCGACCAACAACAUUGCCCGGUAUCCCAUCACCCUCGCCCAGCCAAGGCUGUCGGACAACAACACCAACGCCCACAGCCGGUGAAAUGAAAUCGUUCAACAUUCCCCCACAAAAGCCAUUAAAAAGUCAGACUGAAAAGGACUGCACCGUGCCGUACAACAUCAUCAAUAACUAUUUCUCUGUGGGAGUG